CUUUCGUUCAUUUCAAGAGGAUUGCUCUGGAUGACGUCGGAUCUCUUAUUCUCCCUAAAAAUGGCAAUGGGAAGAAUUGGGACCAGGCGUGUAGCUAUCUCACAAAGACACAUCAGGGGGAACAUGAACUGACACGACGUUACAUCUAAUCCCUCACAGAAUAAAUCAGAUCCAGUGUUCCGUGGUGAGGAUGUUGAACCUACUACGCCCCCUACUGGUCGUCUGGAUGUACCACCUCGUCUCCAGCCACGCCGCCCCAAGAUACAACAACGGCUUUUUCUAUCACGACAUCAUGAACGGCGAUGGCAACGGAGAGAUCUAUUUCAACGGGGUGCGUCUCCAUGUGGAGUCCCCCCAGGCCUCGGUGUCGGCGGCCAGGGGUAGUAAUGUUACCCUGCCCUGUCACUACCGCUACGAACCCGAGAUCAACGGCCCCCGUCGGACCCGGGUCAAAUGGUCUUGGCUGCCCACCAACGGCGCCGGCAAGACCACCCGUGAGACCGACGUGAUGGUCGCCAUGGGCAACCGUCACCGUAGCUACGGCAGCUUCCAGGGGAGGGUGCGCCUGCGUCGGGCUGCUCCAGGGGACAUGUCGCUGGUGAUCAAGGAGCUGCACCUGAACGACACAGGCCGCUACCGCUGUGAGGUCAUCGACGGACUGGAGGACGAAAGCGUGACGGUGGAGCUGGAGCUGCGAGGAGUGGUAUUUCCCUACCACUCCCAGAAGGGCCGAUACCAUUUCAACUUCCUGGGGGCCCAGCGUGCGUGUGAGGAGCAGGAUUCGACCCUGGCCACCUUUGACCAGCUCUUUGUCGCCUGGGAGGAGGGGCUCGACUGGUGCAACGCCGGAUGGUUGGCUGAUGGGACGGCUCAGUACCCAAUCACCACACCGCGGGAGCCCUGUGGGGGCGUGGACUUAGCCCCUGGUCUCCGUAGUUAUGGACAACGCCACCGCCACCUCCACCGUUUUGAUGCCUUCUGUUUCUCAGCCGCCCCCAAGGGGACAGUAUACUUCCUGAAACAACCCCAGAAGUUCAACUUCACAGAGGCGGUGGCAGCGUGCGUUGACGACGGCGGUCAGAUCGCUAAGGUGGGCCAACUCUACGCCGCCUGGAGGUUCAUGGGAUUAGACCUCUGCGUCGCAGGCUGGUUGGCCGAUGGGAGCGUCCGUUACCCCAUCGCCAAGGUCCACCCUAACUGCGGCCCCUCAGAGCCAGGGGUGCGUCAUUUCGGAUUCCCCCCUCAGCAGCAGAAAUACAUUGUCUACUGCUAUCGGUAAACCCCCUCAACGAAAACCACAAUAUAUCAGUAUGAAGCAGUACUACAGUAUGACAGAUAGCCUCUACUAGUUAACUUCUCUAUUCACCACAGACACCACACUAGCCUGCAUGCUACUUAGCAUUAGCUACAUCUGCUCUUACAGCGUCCGCUGUAUAGUCAUAGUGAACUGUCUUAAUCUCCUCAUAUUGAACAUACUAUCAGUCAUACUCCCCGCUGAGACUCCAACCAGUACUGAUACACAUACUGUAUACUGGCUAUUUAGGGUAGUGUUGUCAGGUUUGGCUCACAGUAAACUCAGGGAAGGUGUUCAACCCACAGCAUUGCCCUCGUGAUGCUUCGCCAGUGAUUUUUCUUUUAUCCAACCAAGGUCUUUCCCUUGGUGUUUUGUUGAACUGUGUUUUGCUAUGUCUCACUGUUCCUGAUGUUAUUUCAGUUCAAUGUAUGUCAUUCAUAGUCUUAGGCACAUUUCUGGAUGAUCCUCUUUGUGUUAGAAUGUCUUUUCAUGUCUUGUUUUUAUAAGGGUUGGAAUGGAAUGAUGAAAUUAAUGACUAUGAGUACUUUUUCUUUUUAUACAUUUACAAAAAAAAAUGCCCAAAAAACGUUUUUUUUGCUUUUGUCGUUAAGAGGUUUUGUGUGUAGUUUGAUGAGGGGAACAAUAAGGAAUAUGAUUAACGUUGUAACGUAAAACAAAAUGUGGAAAAAGUCCAGGGUUCUGAAUACUUUCCGAAUGCACUGUAGACUGUCAUGUUGGAAGGGGAUUUGACAGUAUUUUGUGACCUUGUAGAGGAGCUCAGUGUUAAAAGGCUUCCAUGUGUAUCGUUCUACUUUAAAUCAGGUUGUCUGACUUUAAUUAAAUCAUGCUGCUUUAAAUCAGGUUGUAUGACUUUAAUUAAAUCAUGCUACUUUAAAUCAGGUUGUCUGACUUUAAUUAAAUCAUUCGACUUUAAUUAAAUCAUGCUACUUUAAAUCAGGUUGUCUGACUUGAAUUCAAUUGUGCUACUUUAAAUCAGGUUGUCUGACUUGAAUUCAAUCGUUCUACUUUAAAUCAGGUUGUCUGACUAAUUAAAUCAUGCUACUUUAAAGCAGGUUGUCUGACUUGAAUUAAAUCAUGCUACUGUAAAUCAGGUUGUCUGACUUGAAUUCAAUCGUUCUACUUUAAAUCAGGUUGUCUGACUUGAAUUCAAUCGUGCUACUUUAAACCAGGUUGUCUGACUAAUUAAAUCAUGCUACUUUAAAUCAGGUUGUCUGACUUGAAUAAAAUCAUGCUACUGUAAAUCAGGUUGUCUGACUUGAAUUCAAUCAUGCUACUUUAAACCAGGUUGUCUGACUAAUUAAAUCAUGCUACUUUAAAUCAGGUUGUCUGACUUUAAUUAAAUCAUUCGACUUUAAUUAAAUCAUGCUACUUUAAAUCAGGUUGUCUGACUUGAAUUCAAUUGUGCUACUUUAAAUCAGGUUGUCUGACUUGAAUUCAAUCGUUCUACUUUAAAUCAGGUUGUCUGACUAAUUAAAUCAUGCUACUUUAAAGCAGGUUGUCUGACUUGAAUUAAAUCAUGCUACUGUAAAUCAGGUUGUCUGACUUGAAUUCAAUCGUUCUACUUUAAAUCAGGUUGUCUGACUUGAAUUCAAUCGUGCUACUUUAAACCAGGUUGUCUGACUAAUUAAAUCAUGCUACUUUAAAUCAGGUUGUCUGACUUGAAUAAAAUCAUGCUACUGUAAAUCAGGUUGUCUGACUUGAAUUCAAUCAUGCUACUUUAAACCAGGUUGUCUGACUAAUUAAAUCAUGCUACUUUAAAUCAGGUGGUCUGACUUGAAUUCAAUCAUUCUACUUUAAAUCAGGUUGUCUGACUUGAAUUCAAUUGUGCUACUUUAAACCAGGUUGUCUGACUAAUUAAAUCAUGCUACUUUAAAUCAGGUUGUCUGACUUGAAUAAAAUCAUGCUACUUUAAAUCAGGUGGUCUGACUUGAAUUCAAUCAUUCUACUUUAAAUCAGGUUGUAUGACUAAGUGUUCUACCAAAUUAAUAAAAUAAUGUCAAUGGUCAAGUC